AUGGACACACCGAACAAGUGGGCCCCCGCCCUAGCUGUCAGCGCCGUAAUUACCUACUUACACAUUUGUAGGGACAUUUUGAUCGAAAACUUCGUUCUUCAACGAGAUCAAGCAGCAGUCCACGUUUGGCCAAAAUCUUUAGAGCAGAGACCAAAAAUGGCGGAGCAACUAACAGAGGAGCAGAUCGCGGAGUUCAAGGAAGCUUUUUGCCUCUUUGACAAAGAUGGCGAUGGUUGCAUCACUACCAAAGAGUUGGGGACUGUGAUGAGAUCUUUGGGACAGAAUCCCACUGAGGCUGAAUUGCAGGACAUGAUCAGUGAAGUUGAUGCUGACCAGAAUGGCACAAUCGAUUUCUCCGAGUUUCUGAAUUUGAUGGCGAGGAAGAUGAAGGAUACUGAUUCUGAGGAGGAACUCAAAGAGGCUUUCAAGGUCUUUGAUAAGGACCAGAAUGGCUUUAUUUCUGCUGCUGAGCUUCGACAUGUAAUGGCAAAUCUCGGCGAGAAACUGACAGAUGAAGAAGUGAAUGAAAUGAUUCGUGAAGCGGACGAAGAUGGCGAUGGCCAGGUGAACUAUGAGGAGUUUGUGAGAAUGAUGCUCAACAAGUGAAGUGAAUUCUAGUGUUUGGAUUCUAAAAAGGGUUGGGGCUAUUAAACAUUUGUGGUUGGUAUUGUUGUAGAAUCAGUCAUACCAGUAUCUUUGCUUUUGGACCUUUCUCAACAAGUCGGAAUUCUCGUCUGUUGGAAUUAAUUGAGUCUUUAAUCUCGUUCUCAUUUUCAAAUAAAAGUAUGAGAUUACAAAGAGUAACUCCAUGUGUUAGUGUAACAAGUCAUUCUGAAAAAUCUCUUUUUACAAUAGACAUUUACUUACA